ACGAUGCACAAACUAGAAAUCUGGAAUACGAGAAAAGCCAGGGGGUGUUGUUCUCCCUUUUGUAUCUUCAAUUUCUGUUAUUUGAUUUCUAAUGAUUGAUUCAAUAUUCUUGGUAGGUUAUUCACUCGGUCGGUCAACCUCAUCGUUUUCUUGCCCUUUUCCGUUGUUAUAGCAUUUAUUUUGUUUGGAACAUGCAUAUGAACUGGUCAAUUUACCUCUCGUGUUGAUUCAGUUUCGAAACAUUUCUUUCCUUCUAUAUUUUAUUCUAGUCUGUCACAUUUCAAGCAGUGAUACCACGUCACAGCAUUCACAACGUUGAUAAGUUCUUCCGGGCUUCGGCCAGCGAAUCCUUCAGAAUGCAGAUAUUCUCACUGCCGCCUAUUCCUUUGGUCCUGUUAUUUACGACCAUCAGUAAAGUUCGCGCACAGAAAGAUAAUGGAGAAGAUUGUACAUGUUUUCGAACGGAUAGUGCGUCAUCUGGAUAUUUCACAUACCAUCGAUUUCAUGAUUUUCGAACAGUAGCAGCAGCUUCUCAGACUGUGCCUGAUUUGAUUUCGAAUGAAAGUGAUACAUCCAGUGCAUUGGCAACGUCGGAAUUCUUUUCAGGACAGGCUUGGAAUAAUGAUUGGUCAACGCAGAGUUGGAAUAAUAGUGAUUCGAUGGAGAGUGGAAGUGGUGUGCUGAUGGUUAAUUCGCCGAAUAAUGUAUACAUUGAAAUCUCUAACGAUAAUGAUACCUCCUACGAUACCUACCUUACCCUCCGCACAGCGCGUCUCGAAGGCUUUCAAUCCGUUGCCGAAUUCGACUCCAACGAAAAGAAUUUCAAAUAUAUGUCGGCCCGAUUCCUUGCUCGAGUCAUCGGUUCCGAAGGAGCGUGCGCGGGAAUGUUCACUUAUCUCGAGUCUGACCCUAUCCAAGAAGCCGACAUCGAGAUCCUAACAUCUGGUCCUCGUAAUGUGGUCCAAUACACAAACCAACCUUCCUUAAAUAAAGAAGGUGAUGCCGAACCCAAAGCUACAAGCAAUGCCUCAACUCCAGAUGGUGGUAUGGAUUGGAGUGUUUGGAAUAUGUAUCGUAUGGAUUGGAUGCCCGAGCAAACAUCAUGGUAUGUUAAUGGCGAAAGUGUGGCGAAUAUUACAUAUCAGGUUCCAAAAGAUCCAAGUGGUCUGAUACUAAAUAUGUGGAGCGAUGGAGGAGAAUGGACAGGAAACAUGAGUUUGUAUGACGAGGCGUACCUGCAAAUUCAAUGGAUUGAAUUGGCUUUUAAUACUAGUGGGAAUUUUGCGGGCAGCAAGAGGGAUCUGGAGAAGAGGAAAAAUAAAGGCUGUAAGGUCGUUUGUGGAAUCGAUGAAGGGGUUAAUGUUACGGGUACUCCAGCGUUAUUAAUUAAUAAUACAAAUGCGGCGACAUUGGGGUGGAAGGAGGGGACAGGGUGUAUGGGAUGGGUUCCUGUGCUUGUGGUUGGGUUGGCUGCUUUUGGGUUGUUGUGAUCUCUUCAGUCGAUGAUAUGGUAUAUGAACGGGAACAGAUGGUUUUAGCGUUGAGAAAGAGCGAUCUCCGUGUUUCAAUGGAUUAUGAUAUAACGAAUGUGAAAAAAACAUUUGAUCCAUCAAAUUACCCUAGCUACCUUCGUAGCACGAUAUCUCACCUGGGUGGAAAUCCCAUCUAGUACU